UUACAAAUGUCCGCUAACGUGUCACUCAUUCACGCAUUCAGUGCCUCAAAGGUGUUAUUUAUUGAUCUCCACACCAUUGUUAAGUCGAUACUCCGUAAACACAAUAAAAUAUGUACGUAGAGACACCAUCCUUCUGUUUCUUUUUAAAGAAGGAAGAACGAAAUUUCUGAUUGGUUAGAAUGUCGGACGUAGCUCAGAAACCGCGCCGAAAAAAAUUAGAAGUUCCUAUACACAACGCGGGAGACGAUGUCAAAAUUGAUACGAAGAAGACAUACAGUGCCAACUUUCACUCUAGAAGGUACAAACACAGGGAGGAGAAAUCGCCACAGGAGAACGAUUUACAAAAGAUCAGCAGGCGGCACCUCAGCAAGGAAAAUGCGAGACUUGCUAAGGAGAACGAAGACGUCAUCAUCAAAUUCAACGAGCUCGAGGAGCUCAGCGUGAGAAAGAUCCUCAAACUCAAAGAGAAAAUUUCGUCGCUGCAAAGUCUGAACGAGGAGGUCUCCAAAGAGAAUAGCUACUUAAAAGAACAUUCGCAGGAGCUUCUAAGCACUCUUGAAGACCUCAAAGUCCAGUUAGAAAUCACCAAACACUGCCGGAGUUGCGAAGAUUUUAAACGCACGAUCCAGAAACUCACCGAAGAUAAUUCUGUUCUUCAAAACACUAAGAAAGAUCUAGAGGAAGACGUGAACAUGCUGAAAACCGUAGUUUACCGUUUGAACGUCCAAAUGGAACGCUACCAGGAGAAGCUUCGAACGCUGAACCUCAGGGUCGUCACACCCCAACAACAAAGCUUGGAGAAUAUUCCGGUGGUCGAUGGGCACGACCCUGGGAUUUUUGAGUUACAUAGGGACCAUUCGCACACACCCAUUUCGUGGGGGAAGGUUAAUAACCACACUCUGGGGCCACUUCUGGACGCUUACCAAGACACUAUCAAUGAAAAAGACGAAAUUAUCGAAAACUAUGAACGAGAAAUUGGUGAUUUUACCGGAAAGUUGAAACAGGUGCUAAAAGAGAACGAAUUUCUUCACAAAAAUUUGACAGAAGACGUCGACUGUAGUUCCAAGUUGAAAGAAGAAGUGAAGAAUUUGAAACAGGAACUGAAAACUUUGAAAGAGCAGAACGACGUUUUGAUCAAGAAGUGUGCUUUAAAGCAAGACAAGCUAGAAGAGGUUUUGAAGUGUUACGAAUACAAAGUUGAACAAUUGAAGAGAGAUUACUCUGUUAUGCACGAACAGUACUGUAAAAGCAGAACCGAAGUAACAAUUUUGAAAGAAAAGAACAAAUCGCUGGAGGAUGUUCACGAGGAGUUUAAAAGUGAACGCCAGGCUUACAUUCCGGUGUCAGUUCACACGGCCAGCGUGAACGAGUGCAAAAAGUGGUACGAAGAGUUGAAAUUGCAGUACGAUCAAGAGAAACUAAAACUGAAAGAAAACAUAGAAAGUCAAGCCAAAGCAAUUGACGAUUUGGAAAAGAAAAUCGCGCAACACACCAAAGAAAAAGAGGAAUUAGAUAAUACGAUCAAACACUUAGAAAAGCAAAUCAAAAAAGGGGAGGCCAAAUACUUAGAGCUCGACCACACCUUAAACGAAGUACAAUUCGCCAAAAGCGCCUGCCGCAAACAAUUAAACAAAGCUAUGAACUUUGCCAAAGAUUUAGUCGCAGAGCAAGAAACUCUUCUGAAGGCGUUGAACCAGAGGCAGCAGGAGAACAAAGCCGUGAAGAAAAUCGGGUGUGAUAUAGCGACAAGGAUGGACACGUUGAGGAAUCAGUUGAAGGAUGUUCAGAGGGACGCUUGGCAGGAGUUGUCUACUGUUGAAAAGAGGAUUCAGGAUCAGCAUGAGGAGAUGGAAGCGUUGAAACAGGAACACACUGCGGAAAUUGAUAGGUUGCAGAAGAUUAUAAAGGAACAAGAGAGUAAUUCGUUGCUCAAAGAUCAAGCGAAGCUUCCAGUUUCACACUACCUACUUUUCAGGGAGAAACAUAAGUGAUUUUUAUUGAGAAAAAUUUUAGUACGUGUAGAAAUUUUAUAUGGGGUAUUGAUUUUGCGAAUA